AUGUCCAGACGAACAGAAAUAAAACAAAAACAAGAACUUCAAGCACGAUUCCAAUUAGCUAUAUCUGCUAAUCAUCAAAAGGCAUUAAAUUGGUUACCACCAUUGAAAUCUGCUGCUGCUGCUGCUACCACCACCACCAGUGCAUCAUCAAACUCCAAUGACAUUAAUUCUUCCACUUCAGAUGAUUCAUUUAUGGAUUUACAAAUUAUACCUCAAGGAUCAAGUUUAUCGAAAUUGGAUAAUUUACAAAAAAUUGGUGAUUUUAUAAAUUCUAAAGAUAUAACAAAAAUGAAACAAUCAACAACAACAAUAACAACAAAUAGGGCACCAAAAUCAAAACCAAUGUUGGCAUUAAUGAAUAAGAUGAGAGAUAAUAAUAGGAAAAAUAUUAGACAAACCCAUCAUCAUCAUCAUCAUAAUCAUCAACAAUCAACAUCGAAUAUAAAUAAAAAUAAAAAUAAAAAUAAACCUGUGAUACCGAAUAAAUCAAAACCAUCACUACAAAAUUACAAUGCUAAUGAGAAAGAUCAAGAUGAAGAUGAAGAUGAUGAUGAUGAGGAUAGUCGAGCUAUGAGGUCUAGAACUGUUAAAAAGGGGUCAAGUCUAUUACUUGAGAAUAAAUUGAAUAGGCACAAUAAUAAUAAUAAUAAUAAUAAUGGUACGAAAAUGAAAAAAAAUAAUAUACGUCCAUUUUAA